AUGAAUAUUAUGGAAAGUCCCAAGAAGCAGGAGCUACAAACCCUGGGGAGCAGAGCCUGGGACAAUCCUGCCUACAGCGACCCUCCUUCCCCAAAUGGGACCCUGAGGAUCUGCACUGUCUCCAGUGUGGCUCUCCCUGAGACUCAACCCAAAAAGCCAGAAGUCAGACGCCAGGAGAAGACACAGAGAACCCUGGUGUCCAGCUGCUGUCUCCGAAUCUGUCGGAGCAUCAGAGGACUGUGGGGGACAACACUGACUGAGAACACAGCCGAGAACAGAGAGCUUUAUGUCAAGACCACCCUGAGGGAGCUUGUGGUGUACAUUGUGUUCCUCGUGGACGUCUGUUUGUUGACCUACGGAAUGACAAGUUCUAGUGCCUAUUACUACACCAAAGUGAUGUCUGAGUUGUUCCUACACACCCCAUCCGACUCCGGAGUCUCCUUCCAGACCAUCAGCAGCAUGUCAGACUUCUGGGAUUUUGCUCAGGGCCCACUCCUGGACGGUUUGUACUGGACAAAGUGGUACAACAACCAGAGCCUGGGGCGUGGCUCCCACUCCUUCAUCUACUAUGAGAACCUGCUCCUGGGAGCCCCGAGGUUGCGGCAGCUGCGCGUGCGCAACGACUCCUGUGUGGUUCAUGAAGACUUCCGGGAGGACAUUUUGAACUGUUAUGAUGUCUACUCGCCGGACAAAGAAGAUGAGCUCCCUUUUGGACCUCUGAACGGCACAGCGUGGACAUACCAUUCCCAGAAUGAGCUGAGUGGCUCCUCCCACUGGGGCAGGCUCACAAGCUACAGUGGGGGUGGCUACUACUUGGAUCUUCCAGGAUCCAGACAAGCCAGUGCAGAGGCCCUCCAAGGACUCCAGGAGGGACUAUGGCUGGACAGGGGCACUCGGGUGGUCUUUAUCGACUUCUCCGUCUACAAUGCCAACAUCAAUCUUUUCUGUAUUCUGAGACUGGUGGUAGAGUUCCCAGCCACAGGAGGGACCAUCCCAUCCUGGCAGAUCCGCACAGUUAAGCUGAUCCGCUAUGUGAAUAACUGGGACUUCUUCAUUGUGGGCUGUGAAGUUGUCUUCUGUGUCUUCAUCUUCUACUAUGUGGUGGAGGAAAUCCUGGAAAUCCACCUGCAUCGGCUUCGCUACCUCAGCAGCGUCUGGAACAUUCUGGACCUGGUGGUUAUCUUGCUCUCCAUUGUGGCUGUGGGUUUCCACAUAUUCCGGACCCUAGAAGUGAACCGACUGAUGGGAAAGCUCCUGCAGCAGCCAGACACGUAUGCAGACUUUGAGUUCCUGGCCUUCUGGCAGACUCAGUACAAUAACAUGAACGCGGUCAACCUUUUCUUUGCUUGGAUCAAGAUAUUCAAGUACAUCAGCUUCAACAAGACCAUGACGCAGCUCUCCUCCACCCUGGCUCGCUGUGCCAAGGACAUCCUGGGCUUCGCCAUCAUGUUCUUCAUUGUCUUCUUCGCUUAUGCCCAGCUUGGUUACCUGCUUUUCGGGACCCAAGUGGAAAACUUUAGCACUUUCGCCAAGUGCAUUUUUACUCAGUUCCGGAUAAUCCUUGGGGAUUUUGACUACAAUGCAAUCGACAACGCCAACCGAAUCCUGGGCCCUGUGUACUUUGUCACCUAUGUCUUCUUCGUCUUCUUCGUGCUCCUGAACAUGUUCCUGGCCAUCAUCAAUGACACAUACUCUGAAGUCAAGGAGGAGCUGGCUGGCCAGAAGGAUCAGUUGCAGCUUUCUGACUUCCUGAAACAGAGCUACAACAAGACCCUACUAAGGUUGCGCCUGAGGAAAGAGCGGGUUUCUGAUGUGCAGAAGGUCCUGAAGGGUGGGGAACCAGAGAUCCAGUUUGAAGAUUUCACCAACACCUUGAGGGAACUGGGGCAUGAGGAGCUCGAGGAGGAGCACGAGGUCACUGCUGCCUUCACCAGGUUUGAUCAAGAUGGGGAUCACAUGCUGGAUGAGGAGGAGCAGGGGCUGGAAAAGGAAAGGGUGACCCUCAGUGCUGAGACUGAGAACCUAGGCCGGUCCGUUGGAUACAGCCCCCCAGGCGAAUUGGGCUCAGAGGCUGCCAGAGGACGAAGCUGGGUUUCUGGAGAAGAAUUUGACAUGCUCACAAGGAGAGUUCUGCAGCUGCAGCGUGUUCUGGAAGGAGUUGUGUCCCAGGUUGAUGCUGUGGGCUCAAAGCUGAAGAUGCUGGAGAGGGAAGGGGAGCUGGCUCCCUCCCCAGGAAUGGGGGAGCCAGCUGUUUGGGAGAACCCAUACAAUCCAUCCUAG